UUUUUCCAUGAUCAUGAAUAUCUAUAAUUAUAUGUGAGCAGAUCACUUUCACUCAGAUGGAUGUUAACAUUUAUCCUCUUAAUUAGGAGUGUAACUAUAAUAAUUGACUUAAUUAAUACAAUCCUAAGAUCCAAUCAGAUCGAUCCAUUUGAGGCAAGUAGUUAAUCCAAUCGACUAAAACUAAUAUCAACUAUGAAUCUGAUCAUCAACCACAAGUCGAAUCGUUCAAACGAAUCGUUACUCCCCAACUUUUAAGAUUAUUACCACAGUUGUUAUUUCUGCUUAGCUGGGGCUCUUCGAUUCUGUGUGUAGAGCUCAUAGAUUAGCUCAGGUCUUUGUAGGUCAAAAUGAUCAUGUACUCGUUGCUAGUUGAAAAACGUCAGUCUGUCUUCCAGCUUGACACAGAAGCUCAGAGUGAGACGUUGCUCAGUUCACACGAUCUUCGCAGAAAAACAAGCGCAGGCUGCAAAGGAAGAGAGAGAGAGAGAGCGACGGGAAGAGGGGGAGCUUCGCGUCUGCCAGGUGUCAUCGUCUCUCCUUCAUUUUGGUCGAACAUCGAUUGAAGAUGGAGGAGAAAGAAGACGGAGGUGAAGGAGGAGGAGGAGGAGAUUACCAUCGCCCGGCUAAACGGCUCCGGACGGAGGAAGGCGCCGCUGUUCCCCGAGAGCUGGAAGACGGCGAGGAGGAGGAUGAAGAGGAGGAGGAGGGGGAGGAGAGGGAGGAGGACUCCGCCGGUGAGGAGGCGGUGAGGAGCGCGCGCGUUGUGAGCCGCAGCCGGAGAAGCGGCGGAAAGGACGGGGCAGAGGACAGUCACCACAUCCCGCCGUCUCCGGUCGUCCACGUCCGAGGACUGUGUGAUGCCGUGGUGGAGGCCGACCUGGUGGAGGCGCUUGAAAAGUUUGGCACCAUCUGUUACGUGAUGAUGAUGCCGUUUAAGCGGCAGGCCUUGGUGGAGUUCGACAGCGUGGAGAGCGCAGAGCGCUGCGUGACCUGCGGAGGCCGAGAGCCGGUCUACAUCGCAGACCAGCAGGCCUUCUUCAACUUCUCCACCAGUCAGAGAAUCACCAGACCCACCAAUGCAGACGACCCCACCAGCAAAAACAAAGUCCUGCUGCUGUCCAUCCAGAACCCGCUGUACCCCAUCACAACUGAUGUGUUGUACACCGUCUGCAACCCUGUUGGUAACGUUCUGCGCAUCGUCAUCUUCAAGCGCAACGGCAUCCAGGCCAUGGUGGAAUUUGAGUCGGUGGAGGACGCUCAGAAGGCCAAGCUCGCCCUGAACGGCGCCGAUAUUUACUCGGGUUGCUGCACGCUGAAGAUCGAAUAUGCUCGGCCCAACAGACUGAACGUCGUCCGCAAUGACAACACCAGCUGGGAUUACACCAAACCCUUCCUCCUGCACCGAGAGCGGGGCAAGGGAAGGCAGCGUCAAGCAAUCCUAGGAGAGCAUCCGUCAAAUGGCUAUGGCCCACACUGCCCCCUGCUGACUCUGCCUACUAACAGCAGGUAUAGAAGGAGCAGCGAACAGGUACAGGACAUGAUCUCCUACCCACCACUCCUCCCGAAGACCUUCCCCUCAACGUCCUCAUCCUCACUUUUGGGCUCCAGCUCGGUCGCCAUGGUGAGCGGCCUCCACCCCUCCAAGAUGAACUGCAGCCGCAUCUUCAACCUCUUCUGUCUCUAUGGCAACGUUGAGAAGGUAAAGUUCAUGAAGAGUGUCCCUGGUACAGCUUUGGUGGAGAUGGGUGACGAGUACGCCGUGGACCGAGCAGUGACUCAUCUCAAUGGAAUUAAAGUGUUUGGCAAGAAGCUCAACGUCUGCGUGUCCAAACAGCAGGCUGUGAUUCCCAGCCAAGUGUUUGAGCUGGCCGACUGCAGCAGCAGCUAUCAGGACUUCAGUCUGACCAGAAACAAUCGCUUCAGCAGCGCGCACAGCAGCAGGAACAUCAUCCAACCGCCUGCCGCCGUGCUGCACUUCUACAACGGCCCGCCCACUCUCACCCAGCACCAGCUGCUCAAACUCUGCUCUGAACACAGCGUCCCGUCCUUCAUCAAGUUCAAGGUCUUUGAUGCCAAACCGAGCUCAAAGACUCUGUCUGGUCUGCUGGAGUUUGACAGUAAAACUGAAGCCAUUGAAGCUUUGACUGUCCUCAAUCACCAUCAGAUCAGGAUACCCGGCAUAUCCAACCCCUUCACCCUGAAACUCUGUUUCUCCACAUCAUCCCAUCUGUGAUCUGGAAACAAAGAUGGCAGCCUCAAAUAUGAAGCCUUGCAGGAUGCACUUGAAAAACCAAGUUUGUUGACAUAAAAAAAAAAAGGUGAGAAGGACAGACGACGUUUUCCCUACGAUCAUUUUGAAUGGAUGUGCAUGUUUCAUGAUGAGUGGGUCAGAGGAAGAUGUUUAUUUUAAAAUAAUUGCCGUAAACUUUAGACAUAUAUUUAUUUAGCUUUUAUUUUAGAUUAAAAAAAACAUCUUGUUUACAGGGAAUAACUUGAUUACAACACAAGAAAACAGAAGGUUUAAGUUUUCUUAUAAGAAUAGGGAAUUUUAGGUAUUUCCACUGAGUAAAUGCAAUUUUUCUUUUUUAUUCAAGACAAAAACAAUCAGAAUAAUUAUAUGUUAUUAUAUGCAAAACACCUUACAAAACAGAUUCCUUGCAGUUUUGUGAAUAUAAAGAAGUAAAUAUGGGUUAGAAACUGUGCAUACUUCAUUACAUCCACACCCUCUGUUAAGAUAUUAGACCAUUUAUCUGCUAAAAAGUUCAACUUUUCAGAUAAAUUUUCCACCCGUCAGAAGUUUGAUCUAAAUAUUUAAACUGGCAGCUGCUGUUCUCUGCUCACGUGCUUAAUGAGUAAGCAGGCACUUAUGUGCAAAUACUAAACGCGUGUUAACACAGUUCAAACUGGCUAAAGGCAACUUUUUAAACUCAAACUGGCUGAAACACGUGCAUGAGCUCAUUAUGCAGUUUUGUGUUCUUAAAAAAAUCCUUAGACUUUAUAGUUUGUUUUAGGGAAUUAAAAUAAACAAAAUAAAAUAUCAAGCUGGCUCAAUGCUCCAGGGGAUAAGCACAUAUUUUAAUGUUAAACCAGGGAGAAAUGUUUUAUGCAGCAUGACAGAAUCUCUAGAAAAUCCUUAUGUAUAAGGAAUCAAAUGGGCUCAAAAGCUGAAAAAAUUUUGCUUUUAAAGAGCCGUACAAAUCAAACUCUUUCUCUUUGCUGCAAAACAGAAAUUCAUCAAACAGUAAAAAGCCGGUAAAGCAGAAAACUAAAUUUUUAGUAUAAUUUGACAAUAGUUCUAAAGUGAAUUUAAACAUUUAUAUUUCUAAAUCUGAGAAAAGUUAAGAAAAACAAAAGCAGGUGGUGACAGUCAGGGAUGUCUCUGCACGGAUCAACCUGACUUCUUAUUUUGAUUUGAGAUUAAACGUUUUAGGUUUUACUUUGCUUAAUUUAAAAAGGACCGAUUAAAUCUUUAUUAAUUUAGUAUUAUACUCUAUUUAUAUGCUAAAACAAUAAACUUUGUUUAUAUUUGAAUGAGAAUUAUAGACAUUGUUUUGUUUACAGAACGUAAUUCAGUUACAGUACCUCACAAAAAAUUCAAAUUUACGUUUUUUUUUAAUUCUCCAUUUUUUGUUGAUUGGAUGCAGCAGUUAAAAACACACUGGUGAUUUCCUCAUUUGGAUUGAAUUCAAACAAAUAAUUUAUUCAUACUCUGUGUGAUUACACAACCAGAUGAGUUGAACUGCGGCCUUCGGUGGUUUUGCCGUCAGAUACGAACCCUGUAGGUACAGAAAAAAGGUCUUCACUUCACCUUUGUUUACUUUUAAAGGCGCAAAAAACUGACAACUGAAGGGCAUAAUUAUCUGACAAGUGUAGACGAAUAGGCAGAGCUUUUGAUAAGUUAUUAUGCGCUUUACAACUCCUCUAUCAAACUAAAUGUUAGGACAUAGUUUAAUGUAAAUAGUAUAACAGAGUUAACAGUAAAUGCUUCCUCUAGCAGCCAUUUUCACCUUUGACUUGUUUUUGUAUUUUCUUUUUAAAAGUAAAUCUAGAUGUUGAUCAUUUGGGGUUUUGUGAGUUUGUGGGUUAUUUUUUGAGUGUUAGUGCAGUGGUUAACACUGCUGCAUCACAGUAAAAGAGUUCCCGGUUUGAAUCCCAGUCGGGUUCUUUCUGUCUGAAGUUUACACGUAUUCUUUGCCUGUACGGUACUAAAGCUUUUAUUUUUAUUUUUAUUUUGAGUAUUUAAAAAUAAAAGUGUAAAUUUAGCUAUUUUAUUGUUUAUAGGCAAACUCAAGUGGCUCAGUAAUUAUGAUAUUGUGUCUUUAUUGAAUGAGGUUUUGAAUUUAUAGUGAAAGAAGGAAAGAAAAGACAUUGUUGAAAUUCUGCUUAAGUUGUUUUGUUUAAAAAAUGUGUUUGUUUUCAUUAUAAAUGCUUAUUUGAAACAGAAGGAGAAGACUCCAUACCUUUUUUUUUUCUUUAGUUGAUAAUGAUAUAGAAGCUAAAUCAUUGUUAUGUGUACUAAAACCCUGGACUGCUUAUCAAAUAUUGAUUUCAGGGUUGUUGUUUUUUUCUGUGAUUGAACUGUGACUUAAAUCCCCAAACUUCUGUUCUUUUUUUUAGGUGUGUGGUAUUAUCAGUCAAACAAGAGAUAUUCUGUAGAUUAUUUUAGUUAUUCCUUUGGGUAUUUUAUAAUUUACUGACUUUUUUUUCUCCUGAAAAUAAAGAAAUACUUUGUCAUCAACAUCUGUUAUUUUGUCUUACAGUUUGCAAUAAGUCUUUCUGACAGUCAUGUGGUAGUUCUGUUUAUGUAAAUCCUAUUACAAAUACAUUUUUAUGUGACAGUGGACUAGAAAUUCUUUCUCUAAAAAAAAAUAAUAAUAAUGCUGUUAUUAUGUCAAUGUGACCCAUCGGGCCCUUCUCUUCUAUCUGGUGCAGUUUUAGUCAGAAAGCAAAAAAAAAGAUCAUGCUAGCAAGACAGAAAAUAUACCUGCAUUCAGGAGGAUCAACUCCAAGUCAUUCAUGGUGAAAACCAAGUUAAACAUUGUGUUAGUUAUCAAGCAGGGUGAAGGAGGAGUAAUGAUAUGGGCUUGUGAGCACAAGGCCAUGUAAAUAAAAGCUACUGCUAAACUAAAAGGGGAUCAUGUAUUAAGAUAAAACAGGUAAAAAGAAAAUCAAUGUACAAAUAUGUAACAAAAGAACGUUACAAUGCAAAGUCCACAGCUCAACCUGCAUCAUAUUUUGACAAAUGUCAGAGGAGUUUCUGCAAAAUAAAGAGAAUUAAUCUUCAUCCAUUGUAGAGAAACAAAAGCUUUCAGAAAAUGAUUGUUUCACUUAUGAGACACUUUUAAUCAGUAUCAAAUACACUGCUUCUGCAUUUUAGACCAAUGUUUGUAAAAAAAAAUAUGACAGCUUGUAAGGACCAGAUGAUAUUUUUUGGGGGGAAACCUUUUAUGUGCAAAAUAAAUAAAAUAUCCUUCUUUAUGAC